AUGAAACACAUCCUUGAAGAAAACGUUGAAAGUAGCCCCCUUCCAGAAAACAAAAAAAUAAAACAACUAGAAGCUUUGCAAGAACUUAUUCAAAUACAUCCUGAUCUUAAAGGAAAGUCAGUUUACUUUUUUUAUAAAUCUAAUAAAUUUGUAGAGGGAAUUUUGAUUUAUGAUAGAAGUGAAAAUAUGUCAUAUGUAUAUGAUCCAAAAAGUGGAAAUAAGUUCAAUUCUUUUUUUCAAUGGUUAAAUGUUCUUAAAAAGCAAGGCUUAAGAUUAAUUUUUUUUGGAAGUGAAGGAAAUGUAGAAAAAGAUAUGACAAUUGUUUGGAAUGGAAAUUUAAUCUCAUAUGAGGUGAAUGUAUUGGGAAAAGUGGUGAAGGAUAUUGACUUAAUAAGACCAGGAGUUGCAGCAGAAAGAACAUUUACAGAUGUAGAAGAGGCAAUUGAAUAUGUAUUUGAUGCAAAAAUUUGUAAUGGAAAAUCUACAAAAGGAAAACCCAAUGAAAUUUAUCAUCAAGUAGAUUGUCAUCUUCUUGUAGAUUUAAAAGGUACAUGUGAAAACUGCAAAAAAUUAAAGAAUACCUUGAUAAAAAUAUGUAGAAGAUAUCUCAAUGGUACAAAAUCUGUGAAAACCAAUCAUGCAUCACAAGAAAUCCUUAGUGAAGCUGUUCAAGAGCAACGAAAGGUAGUUUUUCUGUGA